UUUACUAAGGCGAAGGAGUAAAGCGUGUUACUAUUUGCCCCAGAUGGUGGUGUAGCCUGCCAUGUCGCGACGCAAGCAGUCCAAACCGCAGCACAUCAACUCGGAAGAACCCAGUUCCACUGAAAAUGGGGUUCUACAAGAUGCCCACACAGAGGAAGGGAAUGAAAUCAAAAGGUGCCGAAUGGAAGAAACGAGAGUCUGUGAAAAAUGCUGUGCCGAGUUCUUUGAUGAAAUGGAGUUUCUUGAACAUCAGAGAAACUGCACUAAGAGUCAACAGGUUGUCAUUAUGAAGGAUGGGGAGGGAGGUGAAAUACCACUCGAGUUCUCACAACGCUCCCCUGAAUUCCAAAGCGAUCACAGUGAUGGCUGUUCUAGCAGUAAUUCUCAUUCGAAGCACAGCAUUGAGUCAACAGACACUACUGAAGAUGCAUUGCAUUUAAAUGGAGACGGUGAUUCAAAACAGUCCCAGGAGGACAUGUCCAACAGUCUUGACAUUGGUUACAUAGGGUCUUCCAAAUUGCAAGACUCUAAUGUUACCUUAGAAGCCAUGCCUGCCACCAGAGUAGCUGUAACACAGCAUUCAAGUUCAUCUACUCAGAAGUCACCCUCUCUCACUUCUCAAGAAGUCUUACAUGUAAUACCCAUGAUCCUUGAGCAGCUGGUUAGUCUUCAGCAACAACAAUUGCAGCAGAUUCAACUGACUGAACAGAUUCGAAUUCAAGUGGCCAUGAUGACACCCCAGAGUGUCCAGUCUGCAAUGGGAGCUACAGUGGAUCCUCUGAAGGCACUUGGUGCACACCUUUCCCAGCAACUUUCAGCUGCUGCUGCUUUAAUAGGAAAACGUACAGGCACACAGAGUUUAUCUUUAGAAGCUCUCAAACAAGGCAAAUUACCCCAGUCCAGCAGCGUUACCACAUCACUUGCUGGAAAUGUUGGUCCCAUAACCUUAAAGACCGAUACAAUCAAAGGGCUGCCAGAUCUAGCAAACAGGCUUCCAGCUUUACUUCCACAAUCGCCAGCAGUUCUGGCAUUCCAAAGCCCAUUUACUAACCUUACAGCAAACAUGGAUCCUGCCAAAAAGGGCAAAAACAAGAUGCAUGUCAAUGCAGAGUUAAAGAAUGGAGGCGGUGAGCAGAUGUACAAGCAUAAAUGCAAGUUCUGUGGAAAGACAUUUGGGAAUGACAGCGCUUUGCAGAUUCAUUUGCGUUCACACACUGGCGAAAGACCGUUUAAGUGUAAUAUUUGUGGAAAUCGUUUUACAACUAAAGGAAACCUUAAAGUGCAUUUCCAGAGACACAAAGACAAGUACCCACACAUUAAGAUGAAUCCGCAUCCUGUACCUGAGCACCUAGACAACAUUCCUACAAACAAUGGCAUUCCCUAUGGCAUGUCUGUGCCCCUUGAGGAAUCAAAUAUUGUAGAAAACAAACCAGCGAUCGGGGUCCCAUCCACGGGUACCUCAUCAGUGCUCCAGGGAUUCAAACCUUCUUUUGAUGUUCCAGUUACUGGGGACCUCUGCACACAAAGACCCUCCUCAUCUGGCAGUGACGGUGCAUCCAUUUCAUCAGGCAUGUUCAGUAGUGAAGUAGGAUUGGAGCAGAGCAAAGAUGCUUCGGAAACACUUGGUAGCCUGCAUCAAAUUAAUGGAAACAGUGUCCUAGGUGAGAGUGGGUCAGGCACGGCCAAGCUUCAGCAAAUGGUGGAUGGCCUGGAGAAGAGGACCAAUGACCCCAAUGAAUGCCUAAUCUGCCACAGAGUCCUGAGUUGUCAAAGUUCUCUUAAGAUGCAUUACCGUACCCACACGGGUGAGCGACCAUAUAAGUGUAAAAUAUGUGGCAGGGCCUUUUCUACUAAGGGCAACCUUAAGGCCCAUUAUGGUGUCCACAGGGCAAACACUGCUCUCAAAAUGCAACAUUCCUGCCCAAUUUGCCAAAAAAAGUUUACCAAUGCUGUUGUGCUACAGCAGCACAUUCGAAUGCAUAUGGGUGGCCAAAUUCCCAACACUCCAUUGCCUGAAAGCCAAUAUGAGGGCACUGAAAUGAUGGACUCCAGUUUGACAGAGAAGAACAUUGAUGCAAGUGGGCUUGAGGAAAGCAUGGAAGAACAAGAUGCAGAUUUUGACAAUCGGGAGAAUCCAAACAACUCUGAGCCCAUUCCUACUUAUGCUGCCAAAGCAGAUCAGCCAUUCAAUGGCUCCCCUGCCAUGUUUACCGGAAUUACUGCCCUAGAAAACCAUAUGAAAAGCCUCACAUCAGCUCUGAACCUGCAGCGACAGAGCAGCACUGCAUCCGAGAGUGAUGGUGGGCUCAAAGAGUCACUGUCCACAGCAGGAGAGCUGGAGUACAAGAAUGGACGUAGUCCAGUUGUGUCAGAUUCUGCGUCAUUUCACUCUUCGUCCCCAGUAUCUGGACAGAUGGAGAAUGGACAGGCAAAAUCCCCAGAUUCUGUACACCCAGAUGAUUUGACUGGAGGGACUGCCAGACACGAGUCUGAUGGAAGUCCAGAUUUCAGUGAAACAAAUGGAGCCCUGGAUUUGACUUCCAGUUUCAGUACAAAGGCAAUCAAAGAAGAACCUGGUCUGUCUUUUUCCAAUGGCGAAUAUUCUGCUGGUCCUAUGCCAUUCAUGAGAGUACCUCCAAGCCUGGUUAAGAUGGAAAUGCCAAUUCCUUCUGAGAAUCCGAUCAGUGCCAAUAAUCAGCAUGGAUCACAGUCAUCCCAGACAGCAGGCACUCCGCCGCCUGGCUCUAGUGCCCCUCGUCGCUCUGCCAAGCAGCAUCUGUGUAACGUGUGUGGCAAGAACUUCUCCUCGGCCAGUGCGUUGCAGAUCCAUGAACGUACACACACCGGAGAGAAACCGUUCGCGUGUACCAUAUGUGGUAGAGCUUUUACAACAAAAGGAAACCUCAAGGUCCAUGUUGGAACACACAUGUGGAAUAAUUCAGCAAGGCGUGGUCAGCGUUUGUCUUUGGAGAACCCUAUGGCAUUGAUGGCCAUGGGUGCUGAGUCUAAGAUGAUCCCAGACAUGUUGCAGCCCCCAAAAGAUUUGAUCUCCUCACCAAUGAACUUUGACCCAUCAGUGUGGAAUCAGUAUGCUGCUGCUUUCUCGAAUGGACUGGCCAUGAAGGCCAAUGAAAUUUCAGUCAUCCAAAAUGGAGGAAUACCACUGCCUGGGAGCCUUGCUGGAGGGCCGUUGGUCGGCUCCACUGGAGGUUUGAUGAAGAUGGACUCCCAUUCAGGCAUUCCGGGUACGGUUGCUGAAAUGGAAAAAAAUGGUUCUGAAAGUGUAGUAAAAUCCCAGUUUCCACAUUUUAUGGAGGAGGGCAAAGUGAAUUAAGACCACACUAAGGUUUCCUGAGUGUAUUGAAUGACUGCUCCUCUACCAACAUUUCAGUGGGCACAAUCAAAUUUGCCUUUUUUUGUUUUUGCAUUUGCGAAGUCAUAAUGUCCUAAUAUGAGCAACACUCCUUCAUUUAAAAACUUCUUCUGAAACAUUAAAAUUGAUGUAACUAC